AUGACCAGUAUCCAAGACAACAAUCGCAAAUGGCGUUCCUUGAAACUGCGAAAUCCGAAAUACUUACUGAUGCUUACUCUGGUCUUUUUGACAAGCUUUUACAUACUCAACGAAAGUAGUAUAUUUAGCACAAGCGCAUGGCCUCCAGAAGAAAUACCGGCAGAAAUACCGGAAGAAAUACCGAAAGAAAUAACCAAGUCAUCAGACUCUUCCCAACCGACAUCUCUACCCAUAGAAUCCGACGACACUUCAGUUCCAGAAUCCUCCAGUCAACCUGAACCGACGCCAUUUGCCUACCUCCCUCCAGCAGACUAUGGUACCUCGUACAGAGACCGCAUUGACAAUAAAGGCAAUUACAUCGUCCCUAAAGGACCCUCGCCACCCGGUGAAAAGUACAUUGCAUAUUUACCACAUAACCAAUUCAACAACCAACGCAUAGCCCUCGAGAAUGCAAUCUUACUCGCACACUAUACGAACAGAACAUUAAUAUUACCAUACGUCUAUUUUGGAAGACGUAAUAUGUGGAAACAUUUCGAUACGCUGUAUGCUCAAAACAUUAAUAAUAAUACUAAAGAACAUCUGGAACAUUGUGUCAAAUAUAUAGGUGAAGUGGAUAAAUCAAAAGUACCGGUUGAAUGUCGGCGAUACGAUGCAUGGACAACCAUGCCGUGGGAUCAUUUGUUUGGAGAUCUGCCUGACUUUUUUGAAAGGGAAGGUGUAAAAGUAAUCUCAACCAUGAACAUUUCCAUAGAAUGGAUCAUGGCCAAAACCGGUGUCAACCGUGAAGACUUUCAUUACUUCAAAGAUGGUGUGUACUACGGUGCUAAAAUUUAUGAUGACCCGUCUUCCACUACGUCUCGUGGUCGCUUUCGCGCGCGGUUGAACUUGAGCGACUUCAUGGAGAUUCCACACCGAGUAGUGUAUUUCGAGAGUAUGUAUGGUAUCGGGAGAGUUGCGCACGAGGUAAAGGAGCACAAGGAAUUCUUUACCAGGAUGAUCAAGUCUAUGACAGUCACGUAUGAUGGCGUAUUGCCGGUGGCGGAUAAGAUUAUUGCACAGUUGGGGGGAAGACAAAGUUACGUAGGGAUCCAUGUUAGAGUGAGUGAUGGAUUCUUUUCAAGGAAUCGUGACGCGAACAUUAAGAACAUCGUCCGGCAAAUCAAUGCUUUUGUCAACUCGUCGGGAUCGUCUUUCGAAACGAGUCCAUCAACGGAUUUCACAACGACCGAUGAAUGCCUGACCAGCUAUACUAAUUCCACCAACAUGCCGUUAAUAUACAUGGCAACUGAUCUCCACGGGACUCGGAAGCACGCGUCCUACGCACCGCUGUACAAAGCGUUUCCGUGCAUCGCAGUCUUGGACGAUUUCACUCCUUUCCUAUCGGGGCUCGACAACAUCGUUAACGAGGUCGAUAAGAUGCCGAUGAAAAAGUUUUUGAUACCGUUGGUUGACAUGGUUGUUGCUGCGAAAGGGAAAACGUUUGUGGGAACGGCAAGGAGUACAUUUAGUAAUUUUGCGUUCAGAUUACAUAAAAUCUAUAUUGAAGGGAUGGCUGCGUUUGAGGACAGUAAAAUUUAUGCUGGCUAG